ACCCAACAGCAAGAAGCAACAUAACCCUAAUUACUACACUCUGAAACAAAUUCAAUGAAAAGGUGUGCAGAACAAGCAAAUAAAUGGGGAGCAAACAGUUGUAAAGAACCAACAGGCAAAAUGCACAAGUGAAUUGCAUUAAGAGAGAAUUUAACUGAUAAUCAACUUUCUAGAAGUGAAUUAGUCUGUGGUUUCUACAUGCCUUGACCUUAUGAACAAAAAGAAAUUAUGUUAUAUCCUUUUCAAAAGUCAGCAGUCUAGAUUGGAGGCUGCAUAGAAAAGUAAAAUCAUCCAUUAGUAGAGGAGGAGAUUGCAGAGCAAGAAUAAUCAGUAGUCCAUAGAAAGGAAAUUCUUAAUUGACGAACAUUUUUAUGGAUUUAAAUGUUCAAUAAUUUUACAAAUACUCGUUUUUUUGUAGCGGAUCUGUGAGGAUAACAGGUAGAACAUCCCAGGAAAAUGAAAUUUGGGAGCUUGCUUGCUGGUGAGAAAGAAGAGCAGCUUGAGAAUGAAAAAACAAUAGAGAAAAAGCUUCACGAAGCUGCCAUAAAUGGAGAAAUUCCAAUUCUGUUGCAACUUAUUCAAGAAAAUCCCCAAAUUCUUACCUCAAAAUUUUCUUCUAUACCCAAUAAUCCUCUGCACACAGCAGUGCUGCUUGGGCACCUUGAUUUCACCAAAGAACUCCUCAAUCGGAACCUACAAAUGGCAAAUUCGUUGAAUUCACACGGUUCAUCGGCUCUUCACUUGGCAUCAGCAAAGGGGAAUUUGGGUAUAGUGAAAUAUCUACUUUUAAUCAAUCCUGAUAUUUGCUCUGUUUUGGAUCGUGAUGGGAGGAAUCCGCUUCAUCUGGCGGCGAUUAAAGGCCGCGUGGCUGUUUUGGGUGAACUUUUGCGGUCUAAGCCGGAGGUAGCGCGUGAGUUGACCGGGCGUGGAGAGACUUGUUUGCAUCUUUGCGUGAAGUACAAUCGCUUUGAAGCCCUGAAAGUUUUGGUGGCAUUUAUGAAGAAAGAUGAUCAGUUUGUGAAUUGGAAGGAUUCUGAUGGCAAUACUAUUUUACAUGUAGCAGUUGCCAAGAAACAGAUUGAGGUUAUCAAUUACCUGCUUGCCAAUACAAGAGUAGAGAUAGGGGCAAGAAAUGCGAAUGGUUGGACAGCACUGGAUGUCUUGAUGCAAAGCCCGGGAGACACGAGGGACUUGGAAAUCAAGCAAUGUCUUCUACAUAGAAGCGUUUCAAGAACCGAGCACACACCAUUUCUUCCAUUCGAUACAGUACUUCCUGAAAAUGACACUACAAGAAAGCAGCCCAAAAAGCACAAACACACAGACUGGUUGGGGAGGAAAAGAAACGCCCUAAUGAUAGUAGCAUCCCUACUUGCAACAGUAGCCUUUCAAGCUGGAUUAUCUCCACCAGGCGGCGUUUGGCAAGGAGAUUACGAGGGAAUUCCCAAUGGCACCAAAGCGCAGAAACCACACGAGGCUGGACAAUCCAUAAUGGCAUAUACUCUUCCUCCGGCAUACAACCAAUACAUGAUUUUCAACACCAUUGCUUUCUUGGCAUCAUUGAGCAUAAUUUUGUUACAAGUCAGCGGCUUACCUUUAAGAAGACGACGGUGGAUGUGGACACAAAUGGUUACAAUAUGGAUUGCUAUAACGGCGCAAACUAUAACAUAUUUCAUCACCUUCAUUAAUAUGACUCCUGAUCAUGUUACAGAUACUGUCAAUUAUGUGAUUAAGGUUUAUGUUUUGGGUUGGCUAUCACUUAUGGGCAUUGUGUUUAUCGGUAAUAUCAGUCGAGCCAUGUUAUAUGUGCUUAGAAAAUAUGGUUAUGUUAAGGAAAAGGAGAGAAGAGAGCCUUUAGUUUAUGUAGAAGAAGAGGAAAAUGAUGAGCUUUGAUUCUGAGAAAUGCAUGUAUGUCUUCAACGAUUUAAAUUUUUUAUACGCUGUAAUUAAAAUUUCCGUACGUACAAACUAAUUCUUUCUUCCA